UGAGCACAUGGCGUGGAAGUCAUUACACAGCUCUUUCAGCUCGCCAUUCUGACCCAGUGACCCUGCCUCUGAAAUCUGAAUCCUUUCCACUUCUGAUCUGAACCGGAGCUACUGACUAAUGUCCUGAAUUCCACCCCUCCUCCAGUCAAUUCCCUUCACCAUGGAAACCGCCGCCGUCCACCGCUCACUCAGCGUCAUCGACUCCCGCUUGCUCACUCGCCCCACAAGACCACGGCGUCUCGACUCACUCAAUCCCAUUUUUUGUCCAACUUCUCUUCCUUCCCAUUUUCACCUCAAAUCCCUUUCCGCUCCUCUCAAAUUCCCCAAUAUUCCCAACCAGACUGUUCGUUGUGUCGCUGUUGCCAAUAAUCACCACGAUCAUGACCACCACCACCACUACGAUGACCACCAACAUCACCAUCACCAUCAUCAUCACCACCACCACUACCAUGGAGAUUGUGAGGAGCUCACUGAGCCUCAAAAGGCUUUUAUAAGGUUUGCGAAGGCUGUAGGGUGGGUGGACCUGGCCAAUUUGUUGAGGGAGCACUUGCAGCUCUGCUGCUGCUCCGCAGCCUUGUUUGUGGCCGCUGCUGCUUGUCCUUAUGUUAUGCCCAAUCCGGUAGUCAAGCCUCUUCAAAAUGCUUUCAUGAUUAUCGCCUUCCCUCUCGUUGGGGUUUCAGCAUCCCUUGAUGCACUUACUGAUAUUACUGGUGGGAAGGUAAACAUUCACGUGUUAAUGGCUCUUGCAGCCUUUGCAUCACUAUUUAUGGGCAAUGCCUUGGAAGGAGGAUUACUUCUUGCAAUGUUCAAUCUGGCUCAUAUUGCUGAAGAGUUCUUCACCAGCUGCUCAAUGGUAGAUGUUAAGGAGUUGAAGGAAAGUCAUCCAGAUUCUGCUCUUGUGUUAGACGUACAUGAUGAUAAGCUACCGGAUCUCUCUGAUUUGUCAUACAAAAGUGUACCUGUACAUGAUGUGAAAGUGGGAUCAUAUAUUUUGGUUGGAACUGGUGAGGCAGUGCCUGUAGAUUGUGAAGUUUUUCAAGGCAAUGCAACAAUUAUUAUUGAACAUUUGACGGGUGAAAUCAAACCAAUAGAGGCAAAUGUUGGAGACAGGAUUCCUGGUGGUGCAAGGAAUUUGGAUGGUAGAAUGAUUAUAAAGGCCACAAAGAUGUGGAAAGAGUCAACACUGAACAGGAUAGUACAAUUGACUGAAGAAGCACAACUAAAUAAACCAAAGCUUCAAAGGUGGCUGGACGAAUUUGGUGAGCGUUAUAGCAAAGUGGUUGUAGGGUUGUCUGUUGCUGUUGCUCUACUUGGGCCUUUUCUUUUCAAAUGGCCAUUCAUUAGCACAUCAGUCUGCAGAGGAUCAGUUUACAGAGCACUGGGGCUGAUGGUGGCAGCAUCACCAUGUGCCUUGGCUGUAGCUCCAUUGGCAUAUGUUACUGCUAUUAGUUCCUGUGCUAGAAAGGGAAUAUUGCUUAAAGGAGGCCAGGUUUUAGAUGCUCUAGCUGCCUGCCACACAAUUGCAUUUGACAAAACUGGGACAUUGACAACCGGAGGGCUUAUGUUUAAAGCAAUUGAACCAAUUUAUGGACAUCUGGUAGGAAACAAGAAAAUAAAUUUCACUUCCUGUUGCACUCCCAGCUGUGAGAAAGAAGCUCUUGCUGUAGCAGCUGCCAUGGAAAAGGGUACUACUCACCCUAUUGGAAGAGCUGUUGUAGAUCAUUGCAUUGACAAAGAUCUGCCUUCUGUUUCUGUAGAAAGCUUUGAAUACUUUCCUGGUAGAGGUCUUACUGCGACACUUAAUAACAUGGAGAGAUUGACCAGUGACUGUUACAUGGCAGGAGCUGGAAGAGUAAAGUUGUUGAAGGCAUCACUUGGUUCCAUAGAGUUCAUCACUUCACUUUGUAAAUCCGAAGAUAAAUCAAGAAAGAUCAAGGAAGCAGUUAAUGCAUCUCCUUAUGGAAGUGACUUUGUUCAUGCUGCCCUUUCUAUAGAAGAAAAGGUAACACUAAUUCACCUGGAGGACAGACUUCGAGCUGGGGUUUCAAAUGUCAUAAUGGAAUUACAGGAGCAAGCAAGGCUGCGUGUUAUGAUGCUAACUGGUGAUCAUGAAUCAAGUGCUUGGAGAGUUGCAAAAGCUGUGGGUAUUACUGAAGUUCACUGCAGCCUGAAGCCUGAGGACAAGCUCAACCAUGUGAAGGGUAUUGCGCGGGAUAUGGGGGGAGGUCUGAUUAUGGUUGGUGAAGGUAUCAAUGAUGCACCAGCACUUGCUGCUGCAACUGUUGGUAUUGUUCUUGCUCAACGUGCAAGUGCAACUGCCAUAGCAGUUGCGGAUGUCCUGUUGCUGCGAGACAAUAUAUCUGGUGUUCCAUUCUGUAUUGCAAAGUCCCGCCAAACAACUUCACUGGUCAAGCAAAAUGUGGCCCUUGCUUUAACUUGUAUAAUUCUGGCCUCUCUUCCAUCUGUUUUGGGGUUUCUUCCUCUGUGGUUGACGGUUCUUUUACAUGAAGGUGGUACUCUUCUCGUAUGCAUCAAUUCUAUACGAGCUCUAAAUGACCCCAAAUGGUCCUGGGGGGAGGACUUGUUGCAUGCUAUAAAAGAAUUCAAAUCUAGAUUGACAUCAUUGAAGACAGACAAUACAAGCUCAAGCAAAAUGCAGGCUGCACCUUUAUAACCCUCGCUCUUUUAUUAUCUUUUUUUUUUUCCUUUUCCCUUUCCUUUAUAGAAAAAUCCUGCCAAAGUUGAUUACAAAUAGCAUUUCUGAGAUCCAAAUAGCCGUGUGAAGAGAAAACAUAAUAAUCAGCAGUAGGUGACGAUUGACAAACCUUUUCCUUGAAAUUGUAUAGAGUUCAUUGAAUAAAAGCUUUUGCUAAGAAGUGUAAUUUACUUGGGACUAUUCUGUAAUGAUCUUAACUGAAUACCGUUCCUAACAACCAAGCGAUCAUCAACAUUUCUCUAAAUCCUGGUUCAUGCAAGGAAGUAUUAUUUUGUAUUCAUGAUUUUGAAAAGCACUGGGGAUUAAAGCACUGAGGAGACAUGUUCUAUAAAAUACAAUAAUCCCUCCGCAGAUAAUUU